GCCUCCCCCUCACAUCUCAUCUGAUCCACAGACACGAUGCCGGAACCAGCGAAGGCUCCAGCGCCCAAGAAAGGCUCCAAGAAGGCGGUGGCGAAGGCCCCCGGUAAGGGCGGAAAGAAGAGGAGGAAGUCCAGGAAGGAGAGCUACGCCAUCUACGUGUACAAGGUGCUGAAGCAGGUGCACCCCGACACCGGCAUCUCCUCCAAGGCCAUGGGCAUCAUGAACUCCUUCGUGAGCGACAUCUUUGAGCGCAUCGCCGGGGAGGCCUCCCGCCUGGCUCACUACAACAAGCGCUCCACCAUCACCUCCCGGGAGAUCCAGACCGCCGUCCGCCUGCUGCUGCCCGGGGAGCUGGCCAAGCACGCCGUGUCCGAGGGCACCAAGGCCGUGACCAAGUACACCAGCUCCAAGUGAACUGCGGGGACCCGCUUCCACCCAACGGCUCUUUUAAGAGCCACCCACCGGCUGCCUGGAGACAAAAAGUCCUGAUGCUUCCAUGUUCACAUUCACACACACUCACUUCCUUGAGUUCCCAUGAGGCUCAUCAGAGCCGGGUGGAGGUUUCAGGUCCCACGAGUCACAUGGUUCAUAUGAAUCCUAAUGAGACUCAUCACGCAUCCAUAUGAUCAAAACAUCUAACUAGAACAGUUUAUUUGCAGCAGCUUCACCUGACACGUGUUCAAACUCUUAGCAGAUGAUUGAUCAGGUGUGAAGGAAGUGACGUUAACACUGACCGUUCAUUGUUGAUGAUUCAUACAAUAAUGAACUGGGACAUAUCGAUCAAUGUUCAUUAUUUUAUACUAUCUGUCAACGCAGUUGCACUUCCUGCCACUGACCAGAAAGCAUGGAACACACUUCCGUCCAUGUCCCGUGUGUUCACAUGGAGCAGCAGGGUCUAAUCCCUCAGCUGAUGUGUGUAUGGUUCUGUUUGACGAAGGGUCACACAGGGACACGAACACAGCUCCUAACAACUCAGCUGAGAGGACGUGCUGAAGCGACACGUGUUGACAUGCGUCACUUCACCAUGAGAAGGGAGACACUGAUGUGUUGUUACCGGGCUUCGUGUCUUUGAUGAGGAGAUUCUGCCAAACUGUGUUUUACCAGCAAUAUCCAAAUUUUGGAUCGAUAAAGAACACAUGUAUUCUUUUGUAUUUAGCUCAGAGAUAUGGCCUCUUAUAAGCCACUAAUAUAUAUUGUCUAAAUAUAUGUAUUAAUAACGUAACACAAGGUACAACUGUUUGUGUGACACUGAGCCGGGUCAAUCUGAACAUUAGAUCAAUAA